GACGUCUUCAAGACAUUUUCAAAGCAAAGGAUAACCCCGGUAGAGGUUGUACAUUCCCCAAACAUGGCGACAGCCUAUCUGGGUGUGUGGGACUAUGUGGUUUUUGCACUGAUGUUGGUACUGUCAGCUGCAAUAGGUGUUUACUACGCCAUCAAAUCAAGGAACCAAAAUUCGACCAAAGAAUUUCUGUUGGCUUCCGGUGAGAUGAGCGUUUUACCUGUGGCGAUGUCGCUGCUCCUCUCCUUCAUGUCCGCCAUCUUCAUCCUCGGUUUCCCCGCAGAGAUGUACACAGCAGGAACCCAGUUUUAUAUGCAGGUAGUCGGAAAUAUGCUGGGCUGUGUGAUGGCUGUUCUACUGUUUGUGCCCAUGCUGUACCCACUGAAACUGACAAGCACAUUCUUGUAUCUGGAGAAGCGCUUCAACUCCCGUUCCGCAAAGCUGACAGGGACAUCUAUCAUGAUAGUGCAGAUGGUGCUGUAUAUGGGAGUUGCAUCGUUUGCACCAUCAACGGCCUUGGAAGCGGUCACUGGGUUUCCGACGUGGGCCAGCAUCAUCAUUGUGUGCCUGGUGUCGACCUUCUACACCUCACUGGGUGGAAUGAAAGCAGUUGUGUGGACAGACAUGUUUCAAUCAGUGGUGAUGUUUGCUGGACUACUGGCAAUAGUCAUUCAGGGAUCCAUCGUGGUUGGAGGCAUCGGAGAAGUCUGGAGAAUAAACGAAGAAUGGGGAAGAAUAACUUUCUUUGACUUUGACCCAGAUCCAACCGUCCGCCAAACAUUCUGGUCAUUGGUCGUUGGUGGUAUGGUAUCCUGGACAGCGACCUUCGGGGUCAACCAGGCCAGUGUCCAGCGCUACUGCUCCCUGCCAACACUGCAGAAGGCCAAAAUGUCUGUGAUGCUGAAUGUACUGGGUGUCUUACUUCUGCUGACCAUUGUGUGCCUUGCGGGGAUCAUUACCUUCGCCCAUUACGCAAAACUGGGAUGUGAUCCACUGUCUGCAAAAUACAUCAGAAACUCAAACCAGCUGAUACCCUACUUUGUGAUGGACGUGCUGGGAUAUCCAGGUCUUCCAGGGUUGUUCGUCUCUUGUCUUUUUAGUGGAGCACUCAGUUCCACGUCCUCCGGCUUAAGCGCUCUGGCGGCCGUGACCUGGGAAGACUUCCUGAACCCUGUGAUCGGGGAAAAACUGACCGAAGGGCAGAAGACUCUCGUCACAAAACUCCUGGUGUUGUUUUACGGUGGAGCUAGUGUUGGGAUAUCUUUCAUGGUAAUGAAUUUAGGAGGAACAGUAUUACAGGCGUCGAUGAGCUUCAGUGGGGCUGCCGCGGGGCCUCUGCUCGGAAUGUUUGCUCUCGGUGCCUUCUUCCCAUGGGCCAACUGGAUUGGUGCAGUGGUCGGUGGUAUCCUUGGGCUGGCGUUCCCCUUAUGGAUCAGCAUAGGAGCCUACACUAUUGUGGGAGCCCCAAGUAACCUCGAGUUUCCUACAUACAACUGCAGCGUCCCCAACACGACCGUCUCCAUGACAACAACAAUGUCCUCCACGAUGACAGCUGACGCGGGUGUCGAGUACACUGGUGUGUCCGCCCUGUACACGGUGUCGUAUCUAUGGUACCCGUCUAUCGGUGCAGCCACAGUGAUCGUUGUUGGACUGAUAGUGAGUGCUAUAACAGGAAUGAAUAGCAUUGGUGAUGUAGACACAAAGUAUCUGGUACCUUUCUUCGACCGACUCAUCUGCUGCCUUCCCGACCCCGUCAGCCGGUGUCUCCGCUGUAACCAGGAGUUCAGAGACCCAGAGGGGCUGGCAUCCGAAAAGAAAGAGGAAAUUGUGACACCAGCGCCUGACGAUGAAGACAUCAGUUCUAGCAAGGAGAAGUUACCCCUGAGUGGAUCGGGUCACAUACCUGAGUAUGGAUCAUCUCAUCUAGAGAAUAACGAAACCAAAACCGGAAUUAACAACCCAGCCGCCGAUGUCUUCAAUGAUGAGAAACAACAAAAUGGAACAAAGUUCUAAAUCUACUGUCUAUAACGACCACGCUCAUAACGAACUGUUUUUGGGUCCCUAAACUAGAUGUCCUUUGUAAUUCGUUAUAAUCAUAGUCUCUCUAUUUCACCAAAUAUCUGCAAGUUAAAGGGCACGUUUAGAGGAAAAAACAACUUUUUUCUUGCACUACAUCUUUAUAAAAUGUUUGUCAAGGAGGUGUAUAGCCUAAUAAUAGAUAUAUUAGAAGUAACUAAUUUAUUUUUUGCGUUAUUUGGAUUCCGUUUUUGCACAUUUCCCGAGAGUAAUUACGUCAUAAUCAAAGGGCAGCAACUCUGGCCUGUUUAACUCGGCAAACAAAUACUUCAUGAUGGAUAACAUUUCAGUACUUAUAUUGAGGGUUGUGCUUUCAUUGUAACACAAAUCAGUUUAUAUUUUCAAACACUGAUAUUAACUAAUUCAAAAAUUCCAUUUGUUUCACAUGAGAAUAAACGUAAUUUAUCGUG